AUGUCGGAUAAAGAACAGGAUUUGGAUGAAGAUCUUUUGGCUCUUGCCGGAGCAGGAUCUGACUCGGAGUCAAACUCAGCGUACUCGCCAGAACAGGAGGUGUCGAGGAAAUCAAAGAAAAUCGUCAAUGAUUCGGAGGACGAGAAUAAUGACAGCGAUGGCGAACAGCUUCUGAAUCCAUACCCGCUGGAAGACAAGUUCAAGGAUGAAGCUGAUAGGGCCAGGCUGCUUGGACUGAGUGAAAUGGAACGUGAAGCAAUACUUUACGAGAGAUCACAGGAGGUGAUCAAAUUGAAGGAGAAGCAUCUGUUGUCUCUGAGAGCUAAGCAGAGUCAAUUGGAAAAGACCGCAAGGGAAGGGCCCAAAUCAAGCAAAACAAACAAGCUUAGUGAGCUUAAGAAGCAAAGAGAACAAAAGUCUAAAAGACAGAGAAGUGACGAAUAUAGUGAUGAAGAAGACGAUUAUAGAUACGAAGAGGUUGGUGAUAAUGACGAUGUCGAAAUGUCUGACAACUACAUUGAUGAAGAUGAUGCGGUCUUUGUGGAACCAAAGAAAUCAUCCAGAAGUCAAGAACUUAGCAAGCCAGCUACGUUGAGUGAUAUAAACAAGAUUAUUUUCGGUAGAACUGCAAUGAGCAAAUACUGGUAUUACCCCGAAUUUGACGACGUUGUCAAGGGUAUGUACCUAAGACUGAAUACUGGAUCGGGAGGAAACGGCUUUUCUCCUUAUAAAGUUGUCGAAGUUCUGGGCAGUCAACGUAUAAAAGGAAGCGCUUAUGGUUUAAACAGUAAAGAAAACAAUUGUGAUAUGUACCUGAAAGUAGCUUUUCCUAAUCAAAAGGAGAUGGUGAGGCCUUUGUUUGUGUUUUCGGAUUCUUCUAUAACACACCCAGAAUUCGACCUAUUUCUGAGAGAGUUGGAUGCUGAAGGGUUAAGCGUAAUGGAUUUAAGGGACGUUGAUUACAAAAAGGCUCAACUACAAGAGGAGUUGGAAGAAGCAAGAGAUGCUCAUGAUCAUGAAAGAGUUGCCCGUAUUGAGGCAGAGCUGAAAAGUAUUGGAGCCGAGUCUGUAGUGGCUUCAAAAGCUUCAUCAUCUAUGCUCAAAAUCGAUCAAAGGAAUAAAAAACUAAACAAUAGAUUUAUCCGCAAAGCUGAAAUGGCCGCUGUUGAAAAAAGAAAACUGCGAGGCACGUCAGAAUCGGAUCCAUUCUACAGAUUGGCGACCACAGCAAGAAUGUUCUACAAGUCAGCCAAUUUGGGGGCAGAUGAUUCAAACCAACCCAAGACUAAGGCUGAAUUGGAGGAGGAAGCCAAGCAAGAAAAGAAACUAGAGAUGCAAAAGUUAGAGUCAAUGGUUAAAAGUAACUAUAGAAAUGGUGGGUUGGACCGAAUUAUUUCCAAAAUUGAUUUUGACUUUGAUCUGGAAUUAUAG